UUCAGGGGGCGCGCGGGGCGUGGCCGUGUGGUAAAGCAGCUGACGUCGCGAGACACUCGGGGAAUUGCUAACAAACUACUCAUCUAACCGAGCAGUUUGCUUUACGUGGGAAGGAGGUAGCUUUGGAUUUUUACCCCCUCAAGAAACCUUUUGGAGCUUGGAUCAACAGACAACAUGGCUGUAGAAGGGGGGCAGAAAUGUGUCAAGUUCCUGCUUUUCUUUUUUAAUUUUCUUUUCUGGCUCUGUGGCCUGGCUGUAAUUAUAGUGGGUAUCGUGGUGCAAGUGACAAUGAACAACACAAUUGUGAUGAAAAAUGCAUCUGGCUCGGCUGCACCCAUCGUUCUUAUUGUGGUGGGAUUCGUCAUCUUCUUCGUCUCGUUUUUUGGCUGCUGUGGGGCCUGGAAGGAGAAUCACUGCAUGGUCACCACGUUUGCUGUAUUUCUCUCCAUAAUCAUCCUCGCCGAGAUUGGAAUAGCCAUCGCAGGAUACGUGUUUAGGGGCAAACUGAAUGACAUACUUGAUGACCAGCUUAAAGACCUCAUCAUCAAAUACAACAGCAGCAAGGAAAUCCGAAAGACUAUGGAUUCUCUGCAGACAGAUCUGAAGUGCUGUGGCCUCAAUUCCUCGUCUGACUGGAAAACCUACCUACCAGAUGGUAACUCCGUGCCAGAUUCCUGCUGUAAAAACCAGACCGCAGGCUGUGGGAAGGGGAGCAUGCUUGAUGGCAACAAAGUGUACCAGGAGGGCUGCCAGCCCGUGUUGAAGACCCAGCUGGAGACAAACAUGAAAUGGGUGAUUGUGGGAGCCCUUGUCAUCGCUGUAAUUCAGAUCAUGGGCAUUGUGUUUGCCUGCAUGUUGAUGAAAGGCAUCCGCAGUGGAUAUGAAGUCAUGUGACCACCCCGACACUGAUCGUGCAAAAGGCAGUUUUUUUAAAUAGUACCUGUUGUAAUUUUUUUUUUAAUACAGCAAGUUCUUUACUGUAUUUACUGUUCUUUUUCUUUGUUUCUUAAACCUUAUUUGUGUGUUGGCUGGGAAAAUAUAUUUUUCUUAUGAUGCUGUUUAGAAAUGACAUGGAAAAGUGGAGGCAUUUUGAUCAUUUUAAGAUGUCUUUAUACUAAUGUUCAGUGUAUUUCAUGUUAUGGUAGGACUUCUCACAAUCUAUAAAUAGAAAAGUGCCAUUCAUUAAUUUCUAGUUCUCAGAAUGUCCCUCUGAAAUGUUAAGUUUUCCAAUUUUAUUAAAAACCUGGAUCUGU